AUGAACGCUCCGAAAGAGCCUAAAGUCAAAACUCCCUCCAUUGAAGCUUAUGACGGUACUACAGACCCAGACUUGCACCUAGUUGCAUACCGUCACCACAUGUAUCUUCAAGGAACCAAUGAAGCCACAUGGUGCAAAUACUUCCCAGCUACACUUAAAGGAGUAGCGUCCAAAUGGUUCGUACGGUUGCCCCCAGGAUCAAUUGCUUCCUUCAACGAGCUACAAACCUUGUUUUCCACCAGGUUCAUGGCAUACAAGGAAGAAAGGAAAACAAGCAUGCACUUGGGACUCAUUCAACAAGGGAAAGAUGAGUCUUUACGAAGUUAUGUUAAACGUUUCAAUCUGGAAGCAGGACAGAUCCCAGAUCUGCCCAAUGGCGUCUCCUUUGAUAAUUUUAUCAGAUGCCUGAAGAAGGGAUCAUUCAAGUUUAACUUAGUUAAGAAAAGUGUGCAAACGAUGGCCGAAGUCCUAGACGAGGCCGAAGCCUUUAUUCAUGCAAUAGAAAUAUGCAGUGCGUCCAAAGAUGGGAAGGCUGGAGAGGCAACAGACUCCUCGGGGAAGAAAGAGAAGAUGGACAGGAAAGUCCCACGAGUUAAUGGUAUUUGGGCCCUUUCGAAAGAGCAUGAUACCAAUUCUCCCGGACAAAAGAGAGGAUGGCCACAAGAGAUAGAAUAUUUUGAAUACAAUACAGACCUCCUCCGAAUCCUAGUGGACGUAGGGACCAGGUUCGACCUUGAAUGGCCCUUUCCAAUGAACUCUCCUACUGAGAGUCGAGAUCCUAAGUUGUAUUGCCAGUUCCACGAAGAUAUAGGUCAUGACACCAAGGAUUGCAGAAGCCUGAAGAGAGCCCUGGAUGGCCUAGCUUCCAAGGGGCACCUGAAGAACUAUCUCCAAAGCAGCACUCACGGCACGGAAAAAAACCAGUACAAGAAAAACAAGUCACAUGUCUCAGCUACAGAAGGAAAUCACAGCGAAGAGGGAUUUGUUCUGUCAUAUCAGGAGGACCGGCUGCUGGAGGACCCACCAUGA